UCAUUCUCACCUCGUCGUUCGAACUUCUAAUCAAUCUUCUCAGAGCUAUAGCUUGUAGCCUUGAGCUGCCCUGCUUGCCGCUCGAUCCAUCUUCAGGUCAGGUGAGGAUGGGCAUCCUGGACGCGGUGUCGGACAUGUGCGCGUGCCCGACGGUGCGCACGCGGCGGCACAUCAAGAAGCGGCCGCAGCUGGAGACGGUGGAGAUGAAGGUCCGGAUCGACUGCGAGGGCUGCGAGCGCCGCAUCCGCAAGGCCGUCGACGGCAUCCGCGGGGUCACCGGCGUCGAGGUGCUCCCCAAGCAGAACAAGGUGGCCGUCACCGGGUACAUCGACGACCCGGCCAAGCUGAUGCGGCGGGUGGCGCGCAAGACCGGCAAGAAGGUGGAGCCGUGGCCGUACGUGCCCUACGACGUGGUGCCGCACCCCUACGCCCCCGGCGCCUACGACAAGAAGGCGCCCCCGGGCUACGUCCGGAACGUGGUCGCCGACCCCGACGCCGCGCCGCUCGCCAGGGCCUCCUCCACCGAGGUCAAGUACACCUCCGCCUUCUCCGACGAGAACCCCAACGCGGCAUGCGCCGUCAUGUAGUCGGUGCUCGUACGUAGCCAUCUUUUAGCCAGGCGCCCAGGCUUAAAGCUUGUAGGUCUCUGUAUUUUUUGGAGGUCGUCUGUAUAAUUAUUUUGUACGUACGUAGUACUGAAUCCACAAAGUGAAAUUGUAAAUUACUUGCUUAUAUAUUGCCUUCGUAGCUAGUAGUUCGCUUGGUACAGUAGUUUGUGAUUUUGAACCAGGGGAUUCAGUUCCCUGAUUACUGUAAGAUACUACUAUAUACUUUAAUGAACUUC